UUUACGCGAACGAUUGCUCUGUGGUACAUUUUCUCGACUGAAUGUACUCCGAUCGAUGUGUUCUGGAUCUACUAGUGUAGCCUUUUGCACAGGCAUUGAGCUUUAGUUCGAGUGGAUUUCAAAUAAAGAAUUUAGAUCUGAAGCAAGGUAGGCCUACUUGACCCCUACAGAGGGAUAAUGGGACAUCACUCAUCCGACAGUGAGGAGGACACCCACAGCAGGAGAAAGAAGAAGGAAAAGUACAGGCGGCGCUCCUCUUCAUCCAGCUCCUCUGGCAGUCGGGUGACCAGCCGCAGCAAGAGGUCUAGCAGACGAAGCCGCUCUCGUAGCCAUUCCAGAGAGAGAGACAGGAGACACAGGCGGCGGUCCAGCAGCAGCUCGUCCCACGAAUCGUCCCGCAGGAGGAGGAGUCGGAGUGGAGACAGAGACCGAGGCAGGACCAACCGCUCCCAUAGGUCACACAGCCACACCCACAGGUCUCGUGAACAUCGGCGGUCUCGCAGCAGGAGCAAGAAGAGCUGCAGUCCUAGCCGGGACCGCAGCCGACGGAAGGGGCGCGACAAGGACCGGGACCGCGAGAAGGACCGUGACCGCGACAAGGACCGGGACCGCGACAAGGCCAAAGACAAAGGCAAGGAGAAACAAGGGGACAACAGCAGCCUCAAAGCGGCCCUACAACAUCUGACACCUGCAGAACAGGCCAAGGCUCGGCUCCAGCUGGUGCUCCAGGCAGCAGCCAAAACAGAUGAGGUGCUGAAGGCCAAGGAGAGGAAGGACGAAGAAACUAAGAAGAUGAAGUUGGAAGAGGGGACCUCGCUGGCCGAGCAAGUGCGAAGGAUAAAGGACAUUGAGGCCAUCGAGAACGAAUCCUUUGUUCCCCAGGCUUUCAAAUCAACCCGAGACAGUGUCAAGACAGAACCAGUGGAUGUGAAGCCGGAACCAGACGACACACCUCUGCUCCUUCCAGACAUCAGCUCCCUGCCCACCGCAAUACGCUACAACGACAGUGAUUCUCUAGCUCACCCCAGUUUGUUCCUGGACAAGGAGAAGGCUGAGGAGAUGUGGCUUAACAGACUGGUGUCCCUCCGCCAGGAGAGGCUCAUGGGAAGUCCUGUGCCCUGAUUGAACGUGUGGCUCCAUGUCCCUAAACGUUUUAAUGUGCCUCCCCCUGCACUGAGGGGUCACUGCUUUUUGUUGGAAAACUACAAAGGGUCUGUCUUUUGUUUUGUAGUCCAAAUGUGUAAUUAAAAUAUACAAGAAGGUACACAGAAAAGUGUACUGUCUGUUGGAUGUAACAUUGGUUAAUUGUGUUUAAGCUCAUUUAAAACUCUUGUGUGCUUUAGUGAAGGGUCAUUAUGAAUACGCUGACUGGUGUUUUGUAGAAUAUUUCAGCUUGAUAUUUGUCAGUCAGUCUUGUGCUAGAAGGAUCAAAUAUUGUUGUGGUCUUGAGGAAACUUAUUUUUUAAAAUGUUUGUAAUAAACUUGAGGGUGAAAAAAA